CCAUGUGAAGUGCAUCAAGCCGGCCUUCGACGAGGGGCCUCCGUUGGGUGGACUCGCACUUCUCCCCUGUUCCACGAGCAAAGAACCAAAAAGAGACCUUUGCUUCUACUUCCUGCCUACUCCCCUCUCUCUUUCUGGAAAUGCCUCAGAGGUGCAGAGCAAGAGGGCUUGUGGUUUCUUUGUCGUGCCUUCACUAAGUCUGGAAACAGAACCUUUGCGAGGCUGUGAUGAGAAAGGUUCGAUCUUGAAGAUGGGAGCCUGCACUUCGUUCCAGAAAGAUCCGGAUUCCCCAAUGAGAUGUCGUCUGGGUCUUGUUUCUAGGGCCAAGAGGAUCUUCGUCUCGUCGCCCGCCAAGGACAGGACUUUGAAUGGGGGGAGUCCGGUCGAUCGAUUUGGUUUCCAGAGCUCAGGCUUUGAAAGCAGUAAAGAAGAUAUCUUUUUCGAUUCACGAACAUGGUUAGACUCUGACUGUGAAGAUGAUUUCGUAAGUGUGAAUGGAGAAUUCACUCCUUCCCGAGGCAGUACUCCAAAUCAUCAAAUAAACUCACCUGUCACCCCUCAAUUUGACAACCACUUUCCAUCUGAAAAAUAUCCAGACUCAAAUUCGGAACCCUCUCCAACCGGUAGAAAGAAACUCGCUGAACUUCUACAUGAGACCUUGCAAAGUGAGCAAGUCAAUGUGCCCAAUGCUGCUGAAGCAAGAGUAGACAGCAAUGUGAAGCCAGACAUAAACAAAACCAACACCGACCAACCUCAAAACUCGGAAAAUGCAACUCUGUACCAUUCUGGAGCAUGUUUUAUCUGCAGCAGUGAGGUGACACCAAAUAGAGAUCCGAAGAGCGGGAAAGAGAAAACCUGGAAAACUGGGCAUUGUUGCUUGCCAAGCCUGCAGAGCUUUGGCUUUGAUGAGAGGAGGCACGAGAUGAGUCCUGGACGCUGCACCGUGUGAUAUCACCGUCGCACUGUUGAUACUGGCUUCGAUCAUUUGAAGGUUUCUGCAACUUGAGCAACGGUAGUUACCUCCAAUAUCUAAAUUAUAUCAAACUAUGGCAGCAUGAUAUAGAACUCGAGAGAAGUGUUUUGCGGAUUUGGAUCACGAUAUAUAGUUGUACACUAAGAGGCGGUAGGUCUCGAUGGUCCUCAUUGUAAUAAUACAUGCAUCUGAAGAGGAUUGGUGAACAGAAUCUCCUUGUACUGAGGAAGAUGACAGGAAGGAAGCAACAAGCGCCAAGGAAGUGGUGUUACAUUGGACUCCUGAGUCCUGAGCCUAUACAUUGUUUUCCUGUAGCUGAUAUUUUUCUGCAAGGAAUAUGUACAUAGAUGAAAACAAGAUGUAUAAACAAUCAUCCAUAGCUGCUCUGUGUACACAUGAAGUUCAAGUGAUGAUGUCCAUUGUCUCUCA